AUGCUCCUCCGAUGGCUGCCAGCCGCCGCACUGCUAGCUGUGCCGCUCGAGGCGGCAUUGCUGAACCAAAUUGAUCCCCUCCCGCCGCAGACAUCGCCCUUGACCUUUGCGCAAUCACUCAAGGAGGCGCAGGACACGUUUGCCGCCGCGGACAAGUUCUUCGCGGCGGCGCGCUUGGAGCACGCUCGAGACCGUGAAUCGGUCGAGCGCAUGGAGCGCGCCGUGGCUCAGCACCAGGCGGAGAUUCCAGGCAUGGAGUUCGCAGGGAUGCAGGACCCACUCCCUUUGCCGCAGAUACCGCAGCGGACAUUGCCCUCGGCGUUCGCGCAGUCGCGCAAGGUGUCGGAGGCGGAGAUUCCCGGCAUGGAGUUCGCGGGGAUGCAGGACCCACUCCCUUUGCCGCAGAUGCCGCAGCGGACAUUGCCCUCGGCGUUCGCGCAGUCGCGGAAGGUGUUGGAGGAGACUCCGCGCCCAGAGUUGGCAGGGAUGCAGGACCCACUCUUUUGGCGGCAAACGCCACAGCGGACAUUGCCCUCGGCGUUCGCGCAGUCGCGCAAGGUGUUGGAGGAGAUUCCGCGCCCAGAGUUGGCAGGGAUGCAGGACCCACUCCCUCUGCGGCAGACGCCACAGCGAAGAUUGCCCUCGGCGUUCAUGCAGUCGCGCAAAGUGUCGGAGGAGAUUCCGCGCACAGAGUUGGCAGGGAUGCAGGACCCACUUCCUCUGCGGCAGACGCCACAGCGAAGAUUGCCCUCGGCGUUCACGCAGUCACGCAAAGUGUCGGAGGAGAUUCCGCGCACAGAGUUGGCAGGGAUGCAGGACCCACUCCCUUUGCGGCAGACGCAGCAGCGGACAUCGCCCUUGGCAUUCGCACAAUCGCGCAAGGCAGCGGAGGACGCAUGGGCCGCUGCGGACAAGCUCUUCGCGGCAGCGCGCUUGGAGAACACCAGAGACUCCGUGGAGCGUGUGGAGCACGCCGUGGCCAGGGCUCGGCGGCACCAGGCAGAGAUUCCCGGCGCAGAGUUCGCAGGGAUGCAGGCUCCUCCUGCCGCUGACAUGCACCCCUGCAAGAUGGAUUGCAGCAAUCAGGGCCUUUGCCUUGCAGGGAAGUGCAUGUGCCGUGACGGCUUCUAUGGCGACCUUUGUGAGCAUCCACGAUGCCUCAAUGAUUGCAGUGGGCACGGGCAAUGCCUCACAGGUCAAUGCAAGUGCUCCUCCAACUAUGGUGGAGAGGACUGCAGCCAGCUGAUCCAGACCCAGAGUUCUUUGGCCUUCCUGAGACGAGGCCUCGCGGCCGAAAGCGCAGAGUUGGCCAAGCAGAGCUCGCAGAGCCCGUCUGCGAAGGUCUCGCAGGUCGUCACGAAGGCGUGCCCAUUGAACUGCAACAGUCGCGGCGACUGUCGUGAUGGAACCUGUGAAUGUCAUGACGGAUGGACUGGCUCAUCUUGCCAGGACUACUUGCAGCCUGCAUUGGUCGACCUCACCGAGGGUCAGUCUACGAGCAGCUGUGCAAACCAGUGCUCCGGGCAUGGUGUUUGCGAGUCCAAUGGGUGCAAAUGCCACGAGGGCUAUCGCGGUGAGGCCUGCGACGAGGCGUUCCAGCUCGAGCAGCCCCUGCAGUUGAAGCUUCAACAGGUGAGCAAAGAAGAUGAGCAGCACACCGUGACGUGCCCUGGAGGCUGCGGACAUGGCAUCUGCAAGGUGGGCAUUUGCGACUGCGACGCUGGUUGGCAAGGCACGAGCUGCAGUAUCAGUGAUGAGGCAGCGCUCCAAGGUCUCGAGGAGCAAGCAGCUCUUUCCAGCGUGCCAGCUGCUGCCUCGUGGAUUGGCACCGGUCACGCGGACGAAGUCGGAACACGGGCCCUGCGAGCAGCGCCCAAUCAGGUGACGGUGCCCAAAACGCAGCUCUCAGCAAUUCAGGGUCAGACGGAGCAGGGUCAGCGGGCGAGCAGCUCCUUCGGGGUGCAGGCGGCCAGUGCGCUGAACCGCUGGCUGAAGAGUGCCAAGAAGGUGAGCAGCGAACGCCCCGUCGAUCAGUUGGCAUCCUUGCUGUCCUCGGCGGCAAUGCCCGCCUUUGCUCUGUUGGAGCGGAUUUCCUGUGCCGUUUGCACGGAGGUGGGCCGUGACUUGGGGAUCGACUUGGCGCAGAUGCCAUGCGAGACCUCCUCCACCAUGAGGUGUAUCCACUACGAUCGGCCCUUGGAGAGUCGGGGAGAUGGAGAUCUCCAGGCACCAGCGAGGGCACCAGCCAUUGGCACGCAUGUGCGCUUGGUGGGGCUCCAAGGCGCCGAGGCCUCGCUGAACGGUCUCAAGGGCUGCGUCACCGACGCGGACGCGGACACGGCCGUGGUGUCCUUGAGCGGUGCCCCUGAGGCGGUCUUGCACCAGCGAGCAUCGGAGACGGUCACCGUGCAGCUGGGCCAUCUGCGAGUUCUUUGGUCCCAGGCUCCUGGCAUGUACCCAGCGCACACCGACUCCUCGCUGGUCACGUUGGCACCCAGGAGCUCCGCACCCGGCCUCGAGGUGAAAGAUCUUCAGACUGGUGAGUGGUUCAAUGUGGAGGAGGCUUUGCUGCCAGACGACUGCUUGCUCUUCGUCGGCGACCCGCUGGACUAUGCCAGUGCCCACCAGUAUCCAGCUUUGAUGCAUAGGCCGGCGGUUUGCGGCCAAAGCAAAGGCGGAGGCAGUGGAGAGCACCGGAUCUCCACGCCUUUCUUCCUCUACCCACGCGCUGAAGCGGUCCUCGCGCCACAGAAGCUUCCACGAUUGGUCUUCGACGACCUCAACGGCAACGUCAACGGCUGUCGCGACCGCUUCCCGUGGAAGAAGCACACCUGCUACUACUCCGACCUCGUCUACUCCGAGAGCAAGGACUGA